AGCAAGUACGAUCCCGGUUAGUCGACGCCGGUGCAAAGUAUAAUUCUCGUUUGCGACGAGUUCGUGUUACGAGUAGUAAGGGUUACGAAGACCAGUGGCUGUCUGUCGGCGGCGUUCGUAGAUUUGUGUCUACGUAACGUGAGCACAGAGAGCGCAGCUGGCAAGUGUGAGAACCUACUUGUAGAUAUCGCGCAAGAAUCAGAGAAGCCGUUGGAAGAGAGUCGUUGUACAGGGCCGCGAAACACGUCGCGUACCCGGUUCGUCGGUAGUUUAGUUUUAACAAGAUGGCGGAACUACAGGGAACCCCGGUUGCUCAAGACGCCCUGUCCGUAGCUCAGUUAGAGCUCGGUGGAAAUCCGAACGCCUUGGCUUUGCGUAGGCCAUUUGAUCCUGUGGCACAUGAUCUCGAUGCGACCUUCCGCCUUACGCGGUUCGCCGACCUAAAAGGAUGAGGGUGUAAAGUCCCUCAGGAGGUUCUUGGGAAACUCCUCGAGGGACUACAGGCCGACGAUGGUAGCGCACAAGAUCAUGAACAUGCCCAUUUUAUGCACAUGGCCAUUCCACGCAUCGGCAUUGGUAUGGAUUCCUCCGUGACUCCACUGAGACAUGGAGGGCUUAGUUUGGUACAAACAACAGAUUUCUUUUAUCCAUUAGUUGAUGAUCCUUAUAUGAUGGGUAAAAUUGCAUGUGCAAAUGUUAUCAGUGAUCUAUAUGCUAUGGGUGUUACUGAAUGUGAUAAUAUGCUGAUGCUAUUGGGAGUCAGUACAAAAAUGACUGAAAAGGAACGAGAUGUUGUUGUUCCUUUGAUUAUGAGAGGAUUCAAGGAUUCUGCUCUGGAAGCUGGCACAACAGUAACAGGUGGUCAAACAGUUGUUAAUCCUUGGUGUACAAUAGGUGGAGUGGCUUCUACUGUUUGUCAACCAAAUGAAUACAUUGUUCCAGAUAAUGCAGUAGUAGGUGAUGUUCUUGUUCUGACAAAACCACUUGGAACUCAAGUUGCUGUGAAUGCUCAUCAAUGGUUAGAUCAACCAGAUCGUUGGAACAGAAUCAAACUUGUAGUCAGUGAAGAUGAUGUAAGGAAAGCUUAUCAAAGAGCAAUGGAUAGCAUGGCUAGGCUUAACAGAAUAGCGGCAAGAUUAAUGCAUAAAUAUAAUGCACAUGGAGCAACAGAUGUAACAGGCUUUGGCCUUUUAGGACACGCACAAAAUCUGGCUAAACAUCAAAAGAAUGAAGUUUCCUUUGUUAUUCAUAAUUUACCUGUUAUUGCUAAAAUGGCAGCUGUAGCAAAAGCGUGCGGUAAUAUGUUUCAACUUUUGCAAGGUCAUUCGGCGGAAACCAGUGGUGGAUUGCUCAUUUGUCUGCCUAGGGAACAGGCUGCUGCAUAUUGUAAGGAUAUCGAAAAACAAGAAGGAUAUCAAGCAUGGAUUAUUGGUAUUGUGGAAAAAGGAAAUCGUACAGCCAGAAUAAUUGAUAAACCACGAGUAAUAGAAGUGCCAGCUAAAGAAAAAGAUGGAGAGCUUUGGUAAAAGAUUAAGGAUGUUGACGAAACAUUUUUUUUAUUUACCUUCAUAUAUUUAGAAAAAAACCACAUGCAACACAGAAAACACGCAUUUACAUAGAUCAAUAUUACCAUACCAGAUACAAAGCACUUAAUGUGCAUCAUUAUUACGGGACAAACAAAUUUUCAAUUUUUCAUUGGAUAAAAAUUUGAUAUACUCGUAAUAAUUUUGAUUAUAUUUUCUAUCCUAUGGGUUUUAAGAAAGAGAUAUAAUAAUAACGACUUAUACUUAUGUGUUAUCUUUAUUGAAGUUGGAUCCUAAGUUUUAUCUUAGGAAAGUAACGUUUCUCUUUUUUUCUUGUUCUUUUUUUGUCGAAAGUUAGCAGUGCUCUAUAAUAAAACAUUUAUAAAAUGUUCAUAAUAGUCUUUCGCGACAAUUAUGAACAUUUAUUCGAAAUAAUUUGAUAAAAAAGAAAUAUGAGGAAGCAAAGAGAAAUAAAGAACAUAAAGAGUUUAGGUAUAGUUUCUUUUUUUUUUUUUUUUUUUUUUUUUUUUAAAGAUUUAAGACUUAAUACUAAGUACUAAGUAAUAGCCUCAGGUAGCACUAGGCUCAGGCUAAGCUUCAACUACAUUUGAUCAAACUUGCAAUAUGUCAAGUGACAUUUGGGUGCUUAGUGUUAAUGAAGAAUGUUAAGAUACAUAUAAAUGAUAGUUCGUGAUUACAAAGAUCUAUAAAUAUAUUUUAAGGACAUAUACAAUAUCAUACAAAAAGAAAAAAAUGAUUUUAACAAUAUAUUUUACAUCACUUUAAUUCAUGGAAUAAAAAAAAAAAUCAUUUAAAUUAUAGUUAUAUAGAUGCAAAUUUGUAAACAGAGAGACAUUACUAUCCUUGUAGUACACAAUGACAGGCUUUUAAUGCCGAGAUUUAAACGAGAUUUCCACAAUUUGUAAUUUUGAUCUACCUGUUACAUAGAAUGCGUAAGAUGUCCAAAUGAAAAAAAGGCCUUCUCUAGUUUUCUCGUUACAUACGCUUUUGAAAAUAAUUAUAAAAAAAAAAUAAGGAAUACAAGAAAUCGAGCACAGGCCCUAAUGUUGUAUUACUUUUUCAUAUGAAUAAAGUGCUACUUUGUCAAUAAAAA